AACGGGGUUUCACCAUCUUGGUUAGGCUGGUCUUGAACUCCUGACUUUGUAAUCCACCCGCCUCGGCCUCCCAAAGUACUGGGAUUACAGGUGUGAGCCACUGCGCCUGGCCGUACUUUCAUUUUCAAUAAAACCCUUAAUUCCUUCCUUGAUUUGUUUGUGUGUUUCACUCUUGUCAUCCAGUAUGGAGUGCAACGGCGCGAUCUCGGCUCACUGCAUCCUCCGCUGGGUUCAAGCAAUUCUCCUGCCUCGGCCUGCCUAGUACCUGGGAUUACAGGCACGCGACACCACGUCCAGCUAAUUUUUUGUAUUUUUAGUAGUGACGGGGUUUCACCAUGUUGGGCAGGCUGGUCUCGAACUCCUGACCUCAGGUGAUCCAUCCGCCUCGGCCUUCCAAAGUGCUGGGAUUACAGGCGUGAGCCACCACUCCCGGCCCAACCCCAUGUUUUCUCAGGAACUGGAGUUCCCUUUAGGAAGCAAGUAACAGAGGUGCUGGGCUGCCCGGGCCUCUAGGUCGUCUUCUUUCCCAGGCUCUGUGCUCUCACCAGAGUGCGCGUUCGGGAAGCAGGGAGAGGACCAGGAAAGACGCCUGAGACGGAGAGUGGGCACCGGCCGGGGGCAGGCAGGUCUGGCCCCUGGGGGUCAGAGUGCAGCGCCGGUUUGAGGCAGUUCGGCCACUUAGCUGCGACUCGAAAUGAAUGACUCACUUCCCCUCCUCGGGCGAGCUCCUGGCUUUGCCCCAGCAAGCGGGAACUCCCAGGAUCAGGAAGGUCCCAGAGAAACUCCCCAGGGGGGAAGCCGAGGCCGUCCAGAGAGAUCCAGGGUACACACAGUGACAGUGCCAGCUCCACAUUCCCGACCACCGGGCCAGGGCUGGUUCCACGCUGUCAUUUCUCUCCGCUGGCCCCAGCCGCGGGGCCACCUCCAGACAGACCGGGGAUCCUGCCUGGCGGCGUGACCUUGGGGCUUGGUGAGGUGACUCGCGGUCGCGGGUGACUCGCCGGCAGGACACUGCCUGGAACGCCUGGAGCGCCUCCCACUGCAGACGUCUGUCCGCCUCCAGCCGCUCUCCUCUGACGGGUCCUGCCUCAGUUGGCGGAAUGGCGGCCACGGGAGCCAAUGCAGAGAAAGCUGAAAGUCACAAUGAUUGCCCCGUCAGACUUUUAAAUCCAAACAUAGCAAAAAUGAAAGAAGAUAUUCUCUAUCAUUUCAAUCUCACCACUAGCAGACACAAUUUCCCAGCCUUGUUUGGAGAUGUGAAGUUUGUGUGUGUUGGUGGAAGCCCCUCCCGGAUGAAAGCCUUCAUCAGGUGCGUUGGUGCAGAGCUGGGCCUUGACUGCCCAGGUAGAGACUAUCCCAACAUCUGUGCGGGAACUGACCGCUAUGCCAUGUAUAAAGUAGGACCGGUGCUGUCUGUCAGUCAUGGUAUGGGCAUUCCUUCUAUCUCAAUCAUGUUGCAUGAGCUCAUAAAGCUGCUGUACUAUGCCCGGUGCUCCAACGUCACUAUCAUCCGCAUUGGCACUUCUGGUGGGAUAGGUCUGGAGCCCGGCACUGUGGUCAUAACAGAGCAGGCAGUGGAUACCUGCUUCAAGGCAGAGUUUGAGCAGAUUGUCCUGGGGAAGCGGGUCAUCCGGAAAACGGACCUUAACAAGAAGCUGGUGCAGGAGCUGUUGCUGUGUUCUGCAGAGCUGAGCGAGUUCACCACAGUGGUGGGUAACACCAUGUGCACCUUGGACUUCUAUGAAGGGCAAGGCCGUCUGGAUGGGGCUCUCUGCUCCUACACGGAGAAGGACAAGCAGGCGUAUCUGGAGGCAGCCUACGCAGCCGGCGUCCGCAAUAUCGAGAUGGAGUCCUCGGUGUUUGCCGCCAUGUGCAGCGCCUGCGGCCUCCAAGCGGCCGUGGUGUGUGUCACCCUCCUGAACCGCCUGGAAGGGGACCAGAUCAGCAGCCCUCGCAAUGUGCUCAGCGAGUACCAGCAGAGGCCACAGCGGCUGGUGAGCUACUUCAUCAAGAAGAAACUGAGCAAGGCCUGAGCGCUGCCCUGCACCUCCGCAGACCUGCUGCGAUGACUUGCCAUUAAAAGCAUUGUCCAAAA